AUGAACCAUGGAGUGGAGGGGAGUGUUGUGGUGACGCUGACUGGCAGUGACUCUGCGAAGGUGACGGAGGUGGCUCUGGUGGAGGCUCAGGGCACAAACUCAGUCUCUGGGACCGUGAAGGCCCAGGAGGGGAGCUACAUGGUCCACUUCUCCACCAUCCCAGCAGGACAGUUUGUGGUGCGGGUCAAAGGGACAAAAGACUCCUCUGUGUUCCAGCGCCAGUCCUCCACCAGCUUCACCUCCUCCAAUCUCACCAUCAGUGCCAGUGCAGACAGUCUGUUGACCCCAGGAACGCCCUUUGUGGUGCCCUUCUCUGUGUCCAGCGCUGAGGUAGGAGUAAACAUCACCAUCAGAGUCACCAACAACCGUGGUUUUGCCUCGACUUUCCCGAGCGUCUUGAUGAUCGACAGCGGGAACAGCACCAACGGCACCGUGACCCUCUCGGCGCCGCUCAACACACGCUCGGGCAGCGACGUGACCCUGACCAUCGAGGCCGAGACUCCGACCGGCGACGACAAUUUUGUGGUUCAGCGUUUCGCCGUCUUAUAUAUUGCAUUUGGUCACAGGUUCUGGUUGUAG